CGGUGCUGCCACUGGGCUGUGGACUGGAGCACCGGGGAGGGGAGUAAACAUGGCGGCGUCCAGUGCCAGUCUUUGAGUCAGGUAGAGAAAACGGAGCAGUAAUAGAAGCAAAGGAGGAGGAAAGAGCUGCCAUUCCAGGAGAGACAUUUACCGCGCAGUGAGGGAAGAAGGAGGAGGGACUGCGAGCCCCUAGAGCCGGGAAGGGGCGGGACUGAGUCCCGGGGACAUCGCGCAGCCUGCUGGUAACGUGCCGCUCACCACUGUAUGUGCAGGGCUCCAUGCAAAAUGAAUAUAAUCCGAGAGAACAAGGAUCUAGCCUGUUUCUAUACCACAAAACAUUCCUGGAGGGGAAAGUAUAAAAGAGUAUUUUCAGUGGGAUCCCAUGCCAUAACAACAUACAACCCCACCACCCUUGAAGUUACGAAUCAGUGGCCUUAUGGAGACAUUUGUGGCAUCAGUCCUGUGGGUAAAGGGCAAGGAUCAGAAUUUGCCCUCACUUUCCGGAAGGGCAGCGGGAAGAAAUCUGAAACAUUAAAGUUUUCUACAGAGCACAGAACAGAACUUCUGACAGAAGCCCUGAGAUUCAGGACAGAGUUUGCUGAAGGAAAGAUUACUGGAAGGAGGUACAACUGCUACAAGCAUCACUGGAGCGAUAGCAGAAAAUUAGUCUCUUUGGAAGUGACCCCGGGGGGAAUAGACCAAAUAGAUCCAACGAACAAUCGUGUCCUCUGCUCUUAUGACUAUCGGAACAUUGAAGGUUUUGCAGAACUGUCCGAUUACCAAGGAGGGUUCUGUAUCUUGUAUGGAGGUUUUAAUCGAUUGCAUUUAUUUGCUACAGAACAAAGAGAUGAAAUCAUUAAAAGUGCCGUAGAGCAUGCUGGAAACUACAUAGGAAUUUCCCUGAGGACAAGAAAAGAUCCUAUAGAGUUUGAGCACUAUGUAAACCUUCGUUUGGGGAAAUAUAGCAAUGACGAAUCCAUCACCUCAUUAGCGGAAUUCAUUGUUCAGAAGAUCACCCCAAGGCAUACGGAGCCAGUGAAAAGAUUAUUAGCACUUACUGAAACAUGUCUAGUGGAACGAGACCCAGCUACCUACAACAUUGUAACUCUGAAACCAUUAGGAGAGAUUUUUGCACUUGUGUACAACCCAGAAAAUCCACAACUUUUUACCAUUGAAUUCAUUAGAGGUCAAAUUCGGAAAUACUCGUCAACUGAAAGAGAUUCCUUGUUGGCAAGCCUUUUAGAUGGGGUCAGAGCUUCCGGCAAUAGGGAUGUCUGUGUCAAAAUGACUCCAACACAGAGAGGCCAACGAUGGGGUCUCAUGAGUGUACCUGUGGACGAAGAGGUGGAAAGUCUUCACUUGAGAUUUCUUGCUUCUCCUCCAAAUGGAGUCUUUGCAGACGCAGUUUUUAGGUUCAAUUCCAACAUCUCUUACAGUGGAGUUCUACAUGCAGUAACACAAGAUGGCCUGUUCUCUGAAAACAAGGAGAAGUUAAUUAAUAAUGCCAUUACAUCCUUGCUUUCCCAAGAAGGAGACCAGACCGCGUCCAGUGCAGAGCUGGAAAGCCAGUUCCAGGCAGUCAGGCGUUUGGUGGCUUCAAAAGCCGGAUUCCUGGCCUUUACUCAGCUACCAAAGUUUCGGGAACGCCUGGGAGUAAAAGUAGUGAAGGCCCUUAAGAGGAAUAAUGAUGGUGUGACCCAUGCUGCUAUUGAUAUGCUGUGUGCUCUUAUGUGUCCAAUGCAUGAUGACUAUGACUUAAGGCAAGAGCAGCUGAACAAAGCAUCCCUUCUUUCUUCCAAAAAGUUUCUGGAAAACUUACUAGAAAAAUUUAAUUCUUAUGUGAAUUAUGGGACUGGAGCUUUGGUUAUCAGCUCACUCUUGGAUUUCCUCACUUUUGCCCUCUGCGCACCCUACAGCGAGACAACAGAAGGGCAGCAGUUUGAUAUGCUGCUUGAGAUGGUAGCAUCAAAUGGUAGAACACUUUUCAAACUCUUUCAGCACCCUUCCAUGGCUAUUGUAAAGGGAGCUGGCUUAGUAAUGAAGGCCAUCAUAGAAGAAGCAGACAAAGAAAUUGCAACAAAAAUGCAGGAACUUGCUCUCAGUGAAGGUGCCUUACCGCGACACUUGCACACCGCAAUGUUUACAAUAAGUGUUGAUCAAAGAAUGCUCACAAACCGACAGCUUAGUAGACACUUAGUUGGCCUAUGGACUGCAGAUAACAUGACAUCUUUACAUUUGUUGAAGCGCAUUUUGCCCCCAGGUUUGCUGGCAUACCUGGAUAGUAAGGAUCCUGUUCCAGAAAAAGAUAUUGACCGAAUGCACAUCAGGGAUAAUCUGAAAAUUGCUUCUGACCAGUACGGCAAAUUUAACAAAGUUCCAGAAUGGCAAAGGUUAGCUGGAAAAGCUGCUAAAGAGGUUGAAAAAUUUGCCAAGGACAAAGUUGACUUGGUUUUGGUGCACUGGAGGGAUAGGAUGGGAAUUGCACAGAAAGAGGACAGAAAUAAUAUGAAUAUUAACCAAAAACCUGUUAUCCUUCGUAAAAGGCGGCAACGGAUAAAAAUAGAGGCCAACUGGGAUCUAUUCUACUACAGAUUUCACCAGGAUCAUGCUCGAUCAAACUUGAUCUGGAACUUUAAAACAAGGGAGGAGUUAAGAGACACGCUGGAAGCUGAAAUGAGAGCAUUUAAUGUAGAUCGGGAACUGGGAAGCUCAACAGUGAUAUCAUGGAAUUAUCAGGAGUUUGAGGUGAAAUAUGAAUGUCUGGCUGAUGAGAUAAAAAUAGGAGACUACUACCUACGAUUGCUAUUGGAGGAGGAUGAUAAUGAGGAUAACAGUGUUAUAAAACAAUCGUAUGAUUUCUUCAAUGAACUUUACCAUCGAUUCCUUCUCACUCCAAAAGUGAACAUGAAGUGCUUAUGUUUACAAGCCCUGGCAAUUGUGUAUGGCAGGUGCCAUGAAGAAAUAGGGCCAUUCACAGAUACCAAGUACAUUAUUGGAAUGCUUGAGAGGUGCACUGACAGACUGGAAAGGGACAGGCUCAUCUUAUUUUUAAACAAGCUAAUUCUUAAUAAGAAAAAUGUGAAAGAUGUAAUGGACUCCAAUGGAGUUAGGAUCCUGGUUGAUCUUCUUACCUUAGCGCAUCUUCACACUAGCAGAGCCACGGUUCCACUUCAGAGUAAUGUCAUUGAAGCAUCUCCUGAUAUGAAGAGGGAGAGUGAGAAGGAAUGGUAUUUUGGCAAUGCUGACAAGGAGAGGAGUGGUCCGUACAGCUUUGUGGAGAUGCAAGAAUUCUGGGCCAAAGGAGUGUUAAGCCCCAAAACACGCUGCUGGGCCCAGGGUAUGGAUGGUUGGCGCCCUCUUCAGGUCAUCCCACAACUAAAAUGGUGUCUGCUAGCAAGUGGACAAGCUGUCCUGAAUGAAACUGAUUUGGCCACCCUUAUCUUAAAUAUGCUUAUAACCAUGUGUGGGUACUUUCCCAGCAGGGACCAAGACAAUGCCAUUAUCAGACCACUGCCUAAAAUAAAGAGAUUAGUGUCAGAUAACACUUGCCUUCCUCACAUCACACAGCUUUUGCUGACGUUUGACCCCAUCCUGGUAGAGAAGGUUUCCAUAUUGCUCUAUCACAUCAUGCAAGACAACCCACAGCUGCCUCGUUUCUAUCUCACUGGAGUAUUCUUCUUUAUAAUGAUGUAUACUGGGUCCAACGUGCUUCCCAUAGCCAGAUUUCUCAAGUACACUCAUACUAAACAAGCUUUCAGAUCAGAAGAGAACAAAGGAACAGACAUCUUUCAUCGGAGCAUCCUUGGUCACAUUCUCCCUGAAGCUAUGGUGUGCUAUCUUGAAAACUAUGAGCCAGAAAAAUUUUCUGAGAUUUUUCUGGGAGAGUUUGAUACUCCAGAAGCUAUUUGGAGCAGUGAAAUGAGGCGUCUCAUGAUUGAGAAAAUUGCUGCCCACCUAGCUGAUUUCAGCCCUCGACUACAGAGUAACACCAGAGCACUUUACCAAUACUGCCCCAUCCCAGUCAUCAAUUAUCCCCAACUGGAGAAUGAGCUGUUCUGUAAUAUCUACUACCUGAAACAUUUUUGUGACACACUCCGAUUUCCAGAUUGGCCCAUCAAGGAUCCUGUGAAACUUUUGAAAGACACUUUGGAUGCGUGGAAAAAAGAAGUGGAGAAAAAACCUCCAAGUAUGUCUAUUGAUGAUGCUUAUGAAGUUCUUGGUCUUCCUAAAGGACAAGGCCUGCAAGAAGAAAGUAAGAUAAGAAAAGCCUACUUCAGGCUUGCUCAGAAAUACCAUCCAGACAAGAAUCCUGACGGAAGGGAUAUGUUUGAAAAAGUGAACAAGGCAUAUGAGUUCCUGUGUACAAAGUUAACUAAGGUUGUAGAUGGGCCAGAUCCAGAAAAUAUCAUUCUGAUCCUAAAAACUCAAAGCAUCCUGUUCAAUCGGCACAAGGAAGAUCUUCAGCCCUAUAAGUACGCUGGCUACCCCAUGCUCAUCAGAACUAUUACCAUGGAGACCUCCGAUGAUCAGCUUUUCUCCAAGCUUUCCCUCCUUCCUGCUGCCACUGAAUUGGCAUUUCACACUGUGAAUUGCUCAGCACUUAAUGCAGAGGAACUAAGGAGAGAAAACGGCAUAGAGGUACUACAAGAAGCUUUCUCUCGCUGUGUCUCAGUGUUAACUGGGUCAAGUAAGCCAGAAGACAUGCCUGUGCAGGUGUGUGGACAUAUAUGCAAGUGUUUCAGUGUAGCAGCUCAAUUUGAGGAGUGCAGAGAGAAGAUUAUAGAGAUGCCAACCAUCAUUAAAGAUAUAUGUAGAGUAUUCUAUUAUGGCAAGAAAGUCCAGAGACUGGCUUCACUGGCCGUGGAAUGUGUCAGCUCCUUUGCAGUUGAUUUCUUUCUGCAAACACAUUUGUUCCAUGCAGGGAUUUUGUGGCACCUGCUUAUUUAUCCUUUCAACUAUGACUUUACGUUGGAGGAAAGUGGUAUUCAGAAGAAUGAAGACACAAAUCAACAGGAAGUUGCCAACAGUCUUGCCAAGCUCAGCCUUCUUGCUUUAAGCCGAUUAGGGGGAUAUUUAAUAGGCGAUCAAGUAACCCCUGAAAAUCCAUCUGUACGGAAAAGCUUGGUGGGGAUGCUUACUCCUUAUGUUGCCAGGAAACUCUCAGUGUCAUCUCCAGAAGAGAUCCUCAAAAUGCUGAACUGUAAUACAGAAAGUCCCUACCUGAUAUGGAACAAUGGUACCAGAGCUGAGCUUUUGGAAUUUCUUGAAUCUGAACAAGAAAGCAUGACAAGACGCGGGGAAUGUGAUAAAAGCUAUGGAGCGGAUUUUGUGUUCAGUGAUCACGCCAAGGAGCUCAUUGUGGGGGAGAUUUUUGUACGAGUGUAUAAUGAACAGCCCACAUUCCAGCUUGAGGUACCAAAAGCUUUUGCAGCUAGUCUCCUCGAUUACAUUGGAUCCCAAGCACAGUACCUUCAUACACUCAUGGCCAUGACCCAAACUGGAAAAGUGGAGUCCGAACAGCAUGGAGAAAGAUUACAGAAGGUUGAAAUGGCCCUGGAAGCUUUGAGGAACGUAAUCAAGCACAACCCUGGUAGGUCAGAGACAGAAUGUAUUGGACAUUUCAAGUUGAUCUUCUCAUUGCUGCGAGUCCAUGGAGCUGGAAGAGUUCAACAGCUUGCUUUGGAGGUAGUCAACAUAGUCACCAGUAAUCAGGAAUGUGUUAAUAACAUUGCAGAGUCCAUGGUUCUUUCCAGCUUAUUAUCUUUGUUGCAUUCAUUACCAACAAGUCGACAGCUUGUUCUUGCAACUUUAUAUGCCUUAACAUCCAGUACAAAAAUCAUAAAGGAGGCCAUGGCCAAAGGCGCAUUAAUCUACUUACUGGAUAUGUUUUGUAACUCGACACACCCCCAAGUCCGAUCCCAAACAGCAGAGCUGUUUGCCAAGAUGACAACUGACAAACUUGUUGGCCCUAAAGUCAGAAUAGCACUGAUGAAGUUCCUUCCAGGGGUAUUCAUGGACGCAAUGAGGGACAACGCUGAAGCUACUGUUCAUAUAUUUGAAGGAACUCAUGAAAAUCCUGAAUUAAUUUGGAAUGAUAACUCCAGAGAAAAAGUGUCAACCACAGUUCGUGAAAUGAUGUUAGAGCACUUUAGGCAGCAGGUAGAAAAUCCUGACGCAAAUUGGAGGUUGCCAGAUGAUUUCAGCAUCGCAUUUGGAGAGGCACAUGGAGAAUUAUCAGUUGGUGGCGUUUUCCUAAGAAUAUUUAUCGCUCAGCCUGCAUGGGUGCUGCGGAAGCCAAGAGAGUUCCUUGUUGCUUUACUGGAAAAGUUUACUGAACUCCUGGAAAAAAACAAUGUUCAUGGUGAAACCUUAGAAACUGUAACUACAGCAACAGUCUGUCUGUUCAAUGCUCAGCCUCAGUUACUGGAUCAAGUUCCACCUUUGGGUCACCAGCCUAAGAUCCUCCAGGCUUUGAACCACAAAAACAAUGCCAUUCCAAAGUGUGCAAUACGGGUUAUCCACACUAUGACUGAUAAUGAGUUAUGUGUUCGAGCAAUGGCCUCACUAGAAACAAUUGGACCCUUCAUGUGCGGGAUGAAAAAACGCUCAGACAUGAUUGGAAUAGCCUGUGAGGCACUUAAUAGGAUGUUCCAGAAGGAGCAAACUGAGUUGGUGGCACAAGCAUUGAAAGCAGAUUUAGUUCCAUAUUUACUAAGAUUGCUUGAGGGUCAAGGUCUUGAGAACCUAGAAAGUCCCGCAGCCACAAAGGCUCAGAUAGUUAAAGCUUUGAAGUCCAUGACUCGUAGCCUACAGUAUGGAGAACAGGUAAAUGAAAUCCUGUCUCGAUCCUCUGUAUGGAGUGCCUUUAAAGAUCAGAAACAUGACUUGUUCAUUUCUGAAUCACAAACAGCAGGAUACCUCACUGGACCUGGCGUUGCUGGCUACCUUACUGCAGGGUCUUCAUCUACAGUUAUGCCCAAUGUGCCACCGCCAGUGGACCAUGAAGUAGGAGAUCUUGGCUAAUCAACACAGAUGUUACACCAAUGAAGUCUCAAAAGGAGGACCUGCUUGUUGCACGAGGAAAAGCACUGUAAACGUUUUCCUCCACCCCAGGGUUGAUUCAAAGGACUUUAUUUUCUGCCUUCCUUGUUUUAAAGCAAAGUGUUAUUCCUUUUUGUAAUAAAUAUAUUUUUAUUUAGGGAUAAAAAUAAAAAAAAUCAUUGGAGAUGUGAUCCUGAUAAAGCAUAUGUAACAUACCAUGAAAACACUCAGCUGAAUCAGCCAUCUGGUCACAAAACUUGUUCUGUUGUCUUUCAUUUUGUAUCUAAGCACAUUCUGUUUCUUUUGUAUUAGUUUACAAGACUGUGAAUCGAAGUAAUAAUAAUCUGUUCCUUCUAAGUUUUAUAUUCCAAGAAUUGGUAAAGUUGUGGUCUAGAAUGAAAGAGCAUUUAUGUUGCCGGUCUCUGCCAUGUUGGAAGUGGUUGGGCUCACUGCGAAGUAUGGAAUCCCUACAGUGUUCAGUCUAUGAACUAUGUCCUUUAUAAAUCCUUAACACCAUCCUCUCGAGAAUGAAGAGAUGAUGAUAUUCCCAUGUACAGCAUAGCUUUACCAAAUAAUAAAUAAAAGUGAAUAUCAAAAUGUCAGCUUGUUAUGUAAGAGACUAGUGUAAUAGUGACAUGAUUCCUCCAUUAUUCCUCAGUAUAUACAGCUUUCUAUGAAUGUACAUUAUACGGAUCAUUCAUCCCUGUACAGAAAAUUUUAAGAAAAUAAAGGGAAAUAAUGACCUUAAUGGAACUUCUGUCAGAUGCUGCCAUGUUGCCUACAAAUUUUUAUAUUAAAACUAUGAUUCUGU